CGAUUUCCCUUCCUUAUCACCUCACACUCACCACAGCAUCCUGAAAUAAAAAGCUUUGAAAGCUCGUGCUUGUUGUCUUGCAAUAAAUAAGAAUGAUUCAAAAAGCUGCGACAUGAUUGUAUUGUAAAAUUUUACUUGAUUUGUUGUAAAAUUGUUUAACUAUUCGAUUUCGACCGCAAUUUCGCAUUAAUGGAUUCAGAAUCGAACAUAUUUAUCACUCGAGGAAAACUAGCCAAAUCAUUAGGUCCUAAUUACGACCGGUAUGUCUUAUUGAUGAAGAAAUGGUUUACGAAGGAGAUUACAAAAGAAGAAUACGAUGAAGAGCUACGUACAUUCCUUACACCUGUACAAAUUCGAUUCCAUAACAAAUUUAUUCUCUCUAUGCUAUCGAAAUGUUCCAGUACUGCUUCGUCAACUUCACCCUUUUUAUUUACCGAUUCAGAUGUUGAACCAGAUUUCAAAAAAAUUAAAUUAGAAGACGUCGAGGCUACGUUCAAUAAUUUGAUGCAAAUUGAUUACCAUGACCAUGUAAAAGAAGUGAAGCCAAAGACUUUACACGAAGAAUUGGUGUCGAAAGGAUUUUUAAAUUUUUUACCGGAUUAUGAUACUAUACAUGCUCGAAUGAUGUUACAUGCUUGGGAACAUGAUCUUAAUGAUGUAGAAGAAAACGCCUGUCGACUUAUUAUCGAAGCUACUUAUACUUUCGCUCGUAAUGUGCUUACAGCAAUUAUAAGUCGUAGAAGUGGGUUCAAAACCAAAGAUCGUGAAUUCGUUUAUGGCCACGGAUCACCCAUAGCCAAUCCUUGGUUAAGGAAUGCCAUGAAAUAUGAAUCUAACGAUAGAUGCGAAGCUACAGAAAUCGUCAAUCACGACGAAUGUGUGCAUGUGCCAAAAAUUAAACCAAUGCUUUCUGAAAUGGAAGAAAAAAUUGCUUUCGAAUUGGCUCUAUCAUCAGAAAAUACACAAGCUAUUAGACGAUCUCCAGUGAACAUUGAUGAUGUGAUAAACGCUUUGAAGGUUCAUCCAAAUGUUAUUCCUCGCUACUUAAUGUAUUCCGUUAACAUGGAAAAAUUACUAUUAUCCAGAAAUCAUCUUUCUUGGGAAGAUAUUGCGAAUGGAAAAUAGGUUUGGUACAAUGUACGAUGCCCGGUGUAUUGAAUUUAGUUAUUUAAACUCUUUGUGAUUUUGUAAAGCUGCUGCAAAUGUUGGCGUUACAUGUAUUAUGAAUUAUUUAAGUUAUUAUGUGUACUUACAAAAGUUUCGAUGUUUGAAAUGUGUAUUUCCUGCUUGUCCUUUGCAUUAACCUGUCUAUUCAUCUUAAUUGUGUUACAUUGUACAAAGUUGUGAGCAUACCCACAUUUGUGGAAUAAAAUUAUGUUUUUUUGUAUUA